AUCCUGAUCCGCAGCAAAAUAGAAAAUAUGGGAGCAUUUUCCAUCUUCGUAACCCUGCUUCUAGUGUCCGUUGUAUGUGCAGUGGACAAGACCAGAGAAGAUGGCGCGCGCGGAUCUGCUGUUGUGGAAGCGGUGGUUGAUUUACUUAGAGAGCGAUGUAUCAUAUCUGAUGAUAAUUUCUAUUUGAGAAGAAUGGCUUAUGCUGCCAGUAGAGAUGGAGAGAAAAGCGACACCUAUCUGCAAGGAUUUCAUGGUGGCAUCUGGCAGAUCAAUCAACAGAAGUUUCUUCUUACCCAAACUUCUUACAAUUUACGAAAUCAACGUAAUGGAAUUCAAAGAAACUUCAGCAUAAAUUGGUCCCGCGUCACAUGGUCAGACCUUCGGAAACCAUUAUACUCAGGCAUUGCAGCUGCACUGUAUGUGCAGUAUGUUCGCGAGAGAUACCGAACUACCAUUCCCUCAACCAUUGAUGCUCAAGCGCUCUUUUGGACCAAAGAAUUUGGUGGACAAAGAAAUGAUUUUCUUGCAGUAAAUAACCUUCGCCAGGUAUCCUGUGACAUGAAGCCUGUAGAUCUUGUGUUUGUGGUCGACGAAUCUACAAGCAUCGGUAAAACAAAUUUUAAUAAAAUGAAGAACUUUCUUGAGAACCUUGUGGACCAAAUAACCAUUUCAAACACUGCAUUUCGCGUUGGACUCGUCAAGUUCCAUACGUCUGCCACUACAGUGUUCGAUCUAAACACAUACAGUCAGAAAUCAUCUAUUAAGAGAGCCAUUCAGAACAUGAGUUAUGUACGAGGAGGCACGAGUAUCGGAGAAGGUAUAAAGAGCGGUCGUACUGUGUUCAGCCGAUCGUCAAGGAAAGACGCCACAAAAGUAAUGAUCCUGCUCACGGAUGGACAAUCCAAAAAUAAAACUUUGACAGCCCAAGAAGCCAACAGAGCAAAGUCUAAAGGCGUAUCUAUUUUUGUGAUCGGAAUAGGUGAUGUGGACAGGGAAGAAAUAACCUCUGCAGCCUCGGAGCCGACUUGUGUACACGUGUUUAUGUUGCAGGGGUUUUCUGGAAUUAGCAAUAUUCUGUAUGAUGUCAAAAGACGAUCAUGUAAAGCACCAAAGAAAGUGAAAGUCGAUAAUGAAACAACAGUGGUGGUGGAUUUAAAACCAAACCGGGAUGUUGAGGACACUGUGGAAAUUGACACAAAGGCUCAAGUCACAGUAAUAACGGCGAAUGUUACCUGUGGAGAGGUCGAACUCUUUGCUUCAGCUCAAACAUCUACCCCAAGUGAGGUUUUCUAUGACGUGAAAGGAGUAGCACGAGACAACGAACCAGCCUCGUUUUCAAUUAAAAACCGCGGUCGGACUGUAUUUGUUCAUUACAAAGGAAAGGUCAUUACAACGAUGGUGUAUUGCAAAACAAUUAACAAGACGUUCAGUAUAACAUUCAACCAAGCAACAGAUGAAUGUAAAAGAAAACCAUGUAAAAAUGGUGCAAUUUGCAUAGAUCUUCUAAGCGGUUUUACAUGUCAGUGUGCUUCUGGCUACACUGGGAGAUUAUGUGAAAAAGAGGUUAAUAUGUGUGAAAGCUCACCAUGUCAAAACUGGGGAACUUGUUCGAAGAAUGGUAAUGGUUAUCGAUGUUAUUGUGCGUCUGGUUUUACCGGAAAGAAUUGUGAGGUCAAUAUUGACGAUUGCACACCAAACCCAUGCAGGAAUGGUGGAUCAUGCUCGGAUCUCGUUAACAACUUCCGCUGUUCGUGCCCGAAUGGUUAUACUGGUAAAGCAUGCGAUGUCACAGUAAACCACUGUCGGUCUUCAUCUUGUGAAAAUGGAGGUAGCUGUAUCAACUCACCCAGUGGCUUUAGUUGUUAUUGUCAAACUGGAUUUACGGGCUCAAACUGUGAGAAUGGUAUAGUUCAACAGUCGAACUCCAAGUGUAUACCUAUGGGUAAUAUUUAUCACAUACCAUAUCCAAAGGAUAAGACAAAGUUCAUUCAGUGUGAUGAGUUUGGGGGAUCUUUCGUCAUGCCUUGUGCUCCUGGGACUCAGUUCAACAAAGACUAUCAAACAUGCGUUCCCAGAAAAACUGUGGAGUGUCCAAGAGCAGGAUACUAUACAUUUGCUGAUCCGCGUGACCCUGGUAGAUAUUACCAAUGCAGUAAUGGUGUAUCGUAUUUAAGGUCAUGUCCUGGAGGCCUCGUCUUUGACGACAAUCACAAGUCAUGUACCUGGCCCACUAGUAAACGACAGCAAACAGAGUACAGCACCCUAACUGAUGGCGAUGACGAAGGAGAUGAUGCCGAAGACGAUGAUGAUGAUAUAUUUGACGAUAAUGAUGACGCAAUGGAGUCUGAGCGCGACGUGGAAGAAGGCAAAAUAGAUGCCACUGAUGAAAAACAAAGAAUGCGCAAUCUCGAAAAAUUGAAAGAGGUUUUUAGAAAUCUUCUUGAUGAUAACGAAUAA